AAAAAGAGGAGGGGGAUCACAUCAAGCAUUCUGUAUGGGAUAUAUAGGACACAUUGAAAAACCUGCAUGAAGAAAAAACCCCCCACAUUUUGCAUUUCUCAGCUGUACUGCCACUUCUCUCUCUCUCUCUCUAGACCUAGCUUUUACCUUUUUCUCUCUCUACAUUUCUCCUCUCUCUCUCUCUCUCUCUCUCUCUCUCUCUCUCUCUCUCUCUCUCUCUAUAUCUAUCUCUUUCUGUAUAAGUUUGGCAUAUAUAAUACAGUGCCACUGUUCCAUUAAAAUUACGCACACUCUACCCAACAACCAUGGCUACUUCCGUUCUCACGGCGGCCUCCGAUCACCACCACCACCCCCACCAAACCACAACUCCAAGUAGCAGCCCCUCGUCUCCGCCCCACGACCACCACACAGUACGACGUACUUCCGGUCGGAAAAAGCAGCCCAACAAGGGCUCCGAGAAGAUCAAGAAGCAACCCCAGAGAGGCAUGGGCGUCGAAAAGCUCGAGCGCCUCCGCCUCCAGAAGCGGUGGGAGAAAAUGACCCAACCCCCCACGGCGAAUCACCACCACCACCACGCUAAUUUCAACAUCAUCAACACCGCCGCCGCCGCCACCCCAUUUUCCGAUCCUGUUAAUUUGUUCGGCUCUGCUAAUUCUCUUCUUCCCCUGAGGUUCGGCGGGUACGGUGCUCCGAUCGUCGGACAUAUGGGCUUGAACCCGAACCCGAACCCGAACCCGACCCAGCAGAGUUAUCAUCUGGGCUUUCACGGGCAAACCGCCGGAGUUAUCGGACUGGCUCCGGAUUUCUUCACUAAGAACGUGAAUCUCAUGAUCCAUAAUAAAGAGCAGCUCUCUUCUUCUUCUUCUUCUUCCCCAAACGUUUUCCUCAACUGCUAUUCCGAACACUGUAAUUCUUGCCACAAGAAAAAGAAGGUGAUUAACAGUGAAAAUUCAGGCAGAGUCACGAGAUCGGACAUUUACACUAACUCCGGCGACUACGGGUUCUUGGGCUUAAGCAUCGGAGACAACAAUCCAAAUUCCACCGGCCACGAAACCCAGGGUGUAGAGGUGGUGGCAGUUCACAGACGAGGGCCAUCAAGAAGAUCGGAGGGUGGGCGGAGUACUGUGUUGAUGGAGUACGAAUUCUUUCCGGCGGGCAAAGGUUACGGCGCCGACGACGGCGGCGGAAGCGAUUCCUCCAACAAUGACGACGAUGAGUUGACGGCGGUGAUGAAGAUGGCCGCCGCCGGAGGAGGUUCAGAAACAACAACGACCUCUUCUUCUUCAACAAUGGCGGCCACUGGAUUUCAAACCUCCGAUUUUAUUGAUCUUUCUCUCAAGCUCUCUUAUUAAUUAAUUAGAACAACAUAUAUCGUACGUUAAUUAAGUAAUUAGUUCUCGUUUUUAUUUUUUCUUUUGGAGAAAUUCGUGUUGUGAAGAACACUGAAACACAGCGUUUUGUUUACCCUUUUUCAUGAUCGAUCUGCAGAAUAGGGCAAUAUUACAUUUUUCUGAGUUCUUA